AUGGCAUCCACUACUAGUAUGCGUAUACCAGCUCCAGUAUGGCUAUACUUUGAUCCUCCUAUUGAAGUCGAAUCGGGUAAAAAAAAAGCUAGAUGUAAGCUAUGCUCGACAGAUAAUUACCUUACUGUGAAUAAUAGUGGUACUUCCAAUUUGUGUACCCACAUUAUCAAUAUUCACAAAAUCGACAUCCCAAGUAUUUUGAGUUCUGAAGAUUUAGCCACUUUAUUUUCUCAGUCCGGUAAACAUUUUCUUAGAGAAAUAUUGGUCGAGUGGAUUGUAAAGGAUUGCCUUCCGUUUACUAUCAUCGAGUCAGAAAGCUUUCAUAAAUUAUUUGAGGUAAUUAGAAAGCUAGAAGGUAAUAUUACAAUUCCAUCUGCAAGUACAAUUAAAAGAGAUCUAUUAGAAUAUUACUCGGUAUCAAAGGCUUCAUUAAAAGAAACACUAGAAAAUAACUCAAAUAAGAUUUCACUUACCACAGACAUAUGGACUAGUAAUAGUUCUCAUGUUAUAAAUCUUGCUUUGCAAGAUUUUUUGUUUCAAUUAUGUUCUGAAGCAUCAGAUCAAGAUAAUGAUGAUAUUAAUAUUUUAAGUCAAACUAAUACCUCUAAUACUCAAGUCCCAACAAUCAAAAAGCUUCAUAUGCUUAUUGCGAAGCUUCAGCAUUCACCCCAACAUUGUCAAAAUUUAAUCGAGAUAUGUAUCUCCCUCAACAUACAACAUAUGAAUCCAAUUCUUGACUCUAAAACACGUUGGAACUCAAUGCUUAAUAUGCUUGAACGAGCUAUAACUAUGGCUCCAGCACUUAAUAGAAUAGUUAGAAAAAUUUCUGAGCUAAGUGAAUUUGGUUUUCUGCCAUAG